UUGGUGAUUUUGAGGGUGACACAGCACUGUCAGGUUUCAAAGAAGAAACGAGAAGAAAAAACUUCAUUUUUAUAAAAAGGAAUAAAAAAGGAAGCUUACAAUUUGAAUUGAAGAGUUGCAAGGAGUAGAAAGAUGGAAAGAAGAGAAAAAGGUGAGAAAAGGGAAGUGUUAAUGGCGGAAAAGUUGAAAGGUGGGGUUGUUGUGGGGAAAAGAAGAGGGCCUUCAACUCCCCCACCCACAUGGAGACUUGAGUUUCCCUCUCAGAGGAAUGACAAUAAUGGUAACAACAGAAGCAGCAAAAACAAAAACCGGGUUGAAGAGUUCCUCAACUUUCCCAGCACAACAACACUCUCUGCCAGAAAACUCUGCGCCAAACUGUGGCAAAUUCAGCCCCACCAACAUGCCCCACUUCCCAAAAUGAACAAGCCUCGCCGUCACCGUAGGGACACACUUCUCAAGGUUCCAAAUCUUAAACAUUUGUCCCAGCCAGCAUCUGCUACGCGCUUGACAGGACAUGUUGGAACAUCACUGGUUCAGCACCAUAGAUCAGCUAAAAGGAAUGGUCGCACUGAACAGCCUGUAUCUCCUCCUUGUCACUGUAGCUCAAUGCAAGUGUAUAAUCAUCCUAUUAAGUCCGUAGACUUCAAGAGUUGGAUUACAGAGUCAAGUCGCAACCCUAAAACGUCCAGAGAGUUACUCAAGGUACUCAACCAUAUUUGGUGUCUUGAGGAACAGCAUGCAUCAAACCUAUCAGUAGUGAAGGCCCUGAAGAUGGAACUAGAUCUUUCUCGGGCACAGGUUAAAGAGUUACAACAAGAAAAACAAUUGAAUAAGCAUGAAAUGGAGAACUUAAUAAAGCAAAGAACUGAGGAGAAGAUUGUUAGGAAGGGCAAAGAGCAUGAUAAAAUUAAAGCUGUAAUUCAAUCUGUCAUGAAAGAGAUAGAAGAUGAAAGGAGGUUAAGAAAGCAUUCAGAAAGCUUGCAUCGGAGGCUGGCCAGGGAGCUUUCUGAAGUGAAGUCUUCAUUCAGUGGUUCUUUGAGAGAUCUUGAAAAAGAGAGAAAAACAAGGAUCCUUUUAGAGAAUUUGUGUGAUGAUUUUGCCAAAGGAAUAAGAGAUUAUGAAUAUGAGGUACGUUCUCUUGUGCAUGAUAAUUCUGAGCAGGGUCAAGCUCAGGUUAAAGGGGAUAAUAGCCAUGAUAGGUUAAUACUGCAUCUGUCAGAUGCUUGGCUUGAUGAGCGCAAGCAAAUGAGGUUAGUUCAAGAUGGCCAUGAUCUCCCAGAGAUAGAUUCAUCAAUUGUAGACAAGUUAGGUGUUGAUAUUGAAACAUUUCUUCAUGCAAAAAGGUCUGUUAACUCGAGAAGAUACAGUAACUUGUCCACAAAGGAAAAAAUUUUAGAGCAGAAAAAGGGUGCAGACAGAGGACUCGACAAACAUGGCUCCAAAAUGAACAACAACAAUAGUGCAGAGGUUGAUAGAGAAAAGAAAGGAAGGCAGAACUCUAUGAGGAAACAUGUUCAGUCGAAGGAAAUCAUUGAGGAGUGUUGUGAGUUGCAAGCAGGUGUGAUGAAGAAUCUGUCAUGUGAUGAAAAUGACAGCACAGCUCUUUUUAAUACCCCUGGGACAUCUACUGUUUGUGAAGCAACACAAGGUCCAGCAGAAAGUAAUACAUUGUUGUGGACAAAGAGAAUGAAUUCAAGUCAUGGAGUUAGAAACAGUUCCUUGUCUUCUGAAGGCAAUGAUAGGGUUUAUCCAGAGAGUAUUUUCAGGGAAGACAAUGACACGUUGAUGGAAAAAUUGCUUGAAGCAAGGAUGGAGAGGCAGAAAUCCCGCUCUAGAGCUACCAUUAACAAAACCUCAUUUCCUUCUGCCAGACAAGUUUGUAAUCAGAAACAUAGCAGUGUGAGUAGUUGCCAUGGUAUCGCACUCUCAUGAGGCACACUGCAUAUCACUCUAUUUCCACAAUUAACCUAUUUUUGUAGCAGCUAUCGAUCGAAUCGUAGGAAUUUUACACGGUUGAAUGGAUGAAGAUCAUUGUUGAGUCCA